GUCCCAGCCCGCGCCCAGGCCCGCGGGGGAGUUCCCAGAGUUGGCCGCUCCGGCCCUCGGGGCCACAUCCCUGCUGCCGGCCAGGCGCGGCCCGCGGGACCCCGAGAGCAACGCCAUGGCCCGGGAGAGGCCGCCCGGGAGGGGCUGCGGCGCCCUUCGCCGGUGUCUGCUCGGGGCCGCGCUGCUGCUCGGCCUGCGGCUCUUCGCAGAGCUGCGGCGCGCCGGGCCCGGGUCUCCCGCCCACAGCGCCCCGCCGGGCCCGGCCUGGCGGCCACCUGGGCCGCACCUGCUGCCCGCGCCGGGUCCGCAGCGCGGCGCCAGCAGGAGGCAGGUGAUCUACGUGCGCAGCGGGCGGCGGGUGCCGCCGGGGGGCGGCGGGAGCGGGACGCCAGAGCCGAGCUGCUGUGCCCCGCGCGGGAGCCCCCGCCGGAAGGGUCCCCGGUGGCAUAUAGAUCUCCAGCCUUGGGCAGGCCCUGCUCAGUCCCUGGAUGAAGAAGCCUGGAGGUUCCUGAGAUAUAUCAGCACCACCCAGAUUGCAUGCAAUCACAUGAAUACAGACAGCCUGGCUACUGACUCUAGUCCUACACACAAGCCCUGGUCAGUGUGUCUUGACGACAGGUUCAAUUUAGCUCAUCAAAUCCGCAACAAGCAGUGCCGCCUCUACUCCUUAGGGCUGGGAAGUGAUGAUACCCACUUCGAGCUUAGCAUGGCCAACAAUGGAUGUGAAGUGCAUCGUUUUGAUCCUAGUGUCAAGUCAGCUCACAUUCUGGAGAGUCAGCACCUUUGGUAUCACCGCUUGUCCAUUGACUGGCGGGAUCCCCAUCCAGCUGUUGCUGCCCAGAAACCAUACAGCAACACCAGAAAACUGGGAAGCAUUUUGAAUGAAUUUGGGCAUCACAAGAUUGACGUUCUCAAGGCAGAUCUGGAAAGUGCAGAAUGGAAAGUUCUGGAAAAUCUUAUUCUGGAAGAUGUUCUUGAGCAGAUUGGACAGCUCAUCUUUGAGAUCCAUCUCCACUGGCCUGGGUUUGAGGUCAGUGGCAGCGACAGUAGCGUCGUGCGGUUCUGGUACAGCCUUCUCAAAGAGUUAGAACAAAAGGAUUUCAGGCUUUUUUACAGUUACAAAGAUUUAUCUAAACCUCAGCUAUUCCUGAAGAAAGACAUUUUCAAUGCAAGUAGCUGUUAUACUCUGAGUUGGGUGAACACAAGAUGGAAAUAGGAUGCAGGAUGUCAUCAAGAGUGCAAGAAAAUAUUUGCAGAAUGGAGCAUGUCCACAAUUCUAAUCGUGAGUUCACUCAUCCAGUCUCCUGCUAGCCCAUGCCCUGCUUGAGGCAGGGAGUAUGUUAUUGUCUUUGCAGUACAUGAAGCCUGGUGCUUGGCAUGUGAUAGGGGUACAUUAAUACUUGCUAAAUAAAUGAACACAGUCACCCGCAUUUUCCCAGACUCUUCCUUCACCUUAACUUGGAAGAUGAUCCCCCACUCAUCUCAGUUUUUCCUAAAAUUCUCUAUGUAUCUAUAAUCUAUGAAUUCACCAACAUUGAAAUGAAAUUAUAUAAAUUUCUCAUUUUUACUAGGUUGGUGAGAUUUUUAAGUUUUUUGCCUACUGUUUAAAAUAGGGCUUUAAAUUUGAAUUUGACUGUCCUUUUUCAAGGUUUUUCUUAUUUACCUUGUCAAUGAUAUUCUUUACAAUCUUGUAGAUUUCAGUCAUACCUUCUCAGCCUUUGCUGAGGCCAUGGUGUGGCUUUAUAAGUAGCAAUACUUCUGAUUUCUGGGAACUCAAUGCAUUAAAUUCUGUCACUGAGUUAAAGAGACUAGACUAUUAAGAGCUUCAACUUGAAGGUGUAAAUUCCAGUUUGAGACCAAGUCUGAAGGCAGGAGAUCCAUGGUCCAGCUUGAAGACAGCCAGACAGAGAAUGAAUUCUUCCUUACUCUGCCUUAGGUUCUAUUCAGGCCUUCAACCAGUUGAAUGAGGUCCACUCAUAUUGAGGUGAAGAAUCUGCUUUAUUCAGUCUACUGAUUUAAAUAUUAAUCUCAUCUAGAAAUAUUCUCACAGAUACACCUAGAAUAAUGUUUAAUUAAAGAUCUGGACACCCUUUAGUCCAGUUAAGUUGACACAUAAAAUUAACCAUUAUAGGUAGGUAGGUAGGUAGGUAGGUAAAUAGAUAGAUAGAUAGAUAGAUAGAUAGAUAGAUAGAUAGAUAGAUUUUCCUACUGGCAUGUUUCGCCUUUUUCUUGACUCACAUAUUCUUUUUUCCAUCUUGUUCU